AUGUUUGACUCGCCCGAUUGGGAGAGUCAAUUGCUGAACCCUUCUCGGCCUGUCAAGGCAUCAAAACAAGAUGGCAAGCCCCGACACGGCCAUGUGCUCCUCAACAAAGCGGCGAAACAGAAGCAAAAGACAACUAAGAAGAUCCUGAAACGCACUCGUGUCAUUGAGGUCAUUACAAGUGCUCCUGAAGAAGACAACGUGAAUGCCCUGCCACCCACCUGGGCAAGGGCUGGCGAGGGGCUGUACUCCAAACUACUGCCCGAGACAGAAGACAGAUCAAUUCUCGUGGACGACAACGAUGAAGAGUCAUUUAGCCACUUUUUGGUAGAUGGGGCUGGGCGUCAGAUUAUGGAGCCUGUGAGUGUUUAA